AUGAAUAACAGAGUUGAACCUGCUGAAUCUGUUGAAGUUAACUCUAAUACAACACGAUUACGAAGAUUAUAUGAACAUUUUCGGAAAAGAAAAUUAAUUUGGAUAAUAGUUUUCAUUAUUUUAAUUGUUGUAAUUAUAGUUAUUCCAACAAUUAUUGCUAUAAUGAAGAAAACAAAGAAGGAAAAAACAUCAUCAACAACAAGUGAAUUGUUGACAACAACAACAACAACAACAAAUGAAUUAUUGACAACAACAGCAGAAUCAGAAUCGACAACAACAGUAGCAAAAGGAUCAACAACAACACAAGAAGCAGUCUGGGUACCUACUGGCAGCAUGGUCAGUGCACGAGUAUACCACACAGCAUCCAUAUUGCUAAACGGAAAUAUCUUAGUUGCUGGUGGAGGCACUGAUGGUAGCACGGCAUUGAGUAGUGCAGAAGUGUACAAUCCAUCCACAGGACAAUGGAUAAUUACUGGCAACAUGAGCACUGCACGAUAUGUUCACACAGAAGUCACAUUGCCAAACGGAAAUAUCUUAGUUGCUGGUGGAGCCGCUGAUGGUAGUACCGCAUUGAGUAGUGCAGAAGUGUACGAUCCAUCCACAAGAUGCUGGACAACUACUGGCACCAUGACCGCUACACGAGUUUUUCACACAGCAUCCAUAUUGCCAAACGGAAAUGUCUUAGUUGCUGGUGGAACCAUUGAUUUUAAAACUGCAUCGAGUAGUGCAGAAGUGUACGACUCAUCCACAGGACUAUGGACAACUACUGACAGCAUGAUCAUGGCACGAGUAUACCACACAGUAUCCAUAUUGGCAGACGGAAGAGUGUUAGUUGUUGGUGGAACCACUGAUUUUGGAACUGCAUUGAAUAGUGCAGAAGUAUACAAUCCAUCCACAGGACUAUGGAGAACUACUGGAUACAUGAGCACUGCACGAUAUCAUCACACAGCAUCCAUAUUGCCAAACGGAAAUGUGUUAGUUACUGGUGGAACCGCUGAUGGUAGCACGGCACUGAGUAGUGCAGAAGUGUACGACUCAUCCACAGGACUCUGGACAUCUACUGGUAACAUGAACACUGCACGAUAUCUUCACACACAAGUCACAUUGACAAAUGGAAAUAUCUUAGUUGUUGGUGGAAGGGAUCGUGAUAGACCCGGAUUGACUAGUGCAGAAGUGUACAAUCCGUUCACAGGACUCUGGACAACUACUGAAGGGACGAUAACUGCACGAUUUCUUCACACAGCAUCCAUAUUGACAAACGGAAAUGUCUUAGUUGCUGGUGGAACCGCUGCUGGUAAUCCCUCAUUUAGUUGUGUAGAAGUAUAUGGAUGA